CGCACAUUACUGAUACCACAGGUUUUGAUCUUCGUCCAACAAAAGCUGAGAUGUGUUACUAUGAGCAAUACUCUAUGGCUUGUGGAGACUGGAAGUGGGGCAAUUUCAGGGCACACUGUAGCAAGGAGUACAGAACAGGUGAAACUUGCGAGAUGAAACUUGUCUGGGAGUCCAUCCCUCUUUCCGACAAGUGCAAGUAUUGUAUUAAGAUUGACACUAAGCAUGGGAAAAUUGCGAAGGAGGAAGCGAGGAUUAAAAAAUGGAGAAAUGAGGGUCCUGGGUACAGGAGAGCAUCGAUUGAGCAAGCCGAGGAGGCCAUCACUGUAAUGCAAGACGAAAUUUGUGAGCUUAACUACCAACGAGCGAGCUACAAGCACCUUGUGGCGCCAACCCGGUCUACCAGUACAUCUUCAACUGCUAUUAUGAAGUCUUAUGUGACCGUCCCUAUUCCAGAGACGAGUCCUUCCACUGGAACUCGGAAAAGACUAUUUUCGACAAAGCGAUAA